GGGAAGCCUCCAUAUUGGAUGAGGCAAGGUGUUUUUACUUCAUCCUAGUUCUACUCAGCGAGUGAGUCUGUAAUCUGCUGCGUGUUGCAUAGCAGAGGAGAUGGAUGCAGGCAGCGGUGUCAGCGGAGACUCGGGCGCUAAAGUGUCGGGCAGUGCGUCAUCACUUGCCCAGGGGUCGGAGGAGGUCCUGCGUUACCGAUCCCCGCUGGUGUCCCGCUAUGCCAGCAAGGAGAUGGCCUUCAACUUCAGCGACAGCAAGAAAUUCCAGACCUGGAGAAGGUUGUGGCUGUAUCUGGCGCAGGCCCAGCGGAGUCUGGGGCUGCCAAUUGCAGACGAGCAGAUCCAGGAAAUGGAGUCCAACUUGGAGAACAUAGACUUUCGAAUGGCAGCUGAGGAGGAGAAGCGUCUGCGGCAUGACGUCAUGGCACAUGUGCAUACCUUUGCACACUGCUGCCCAAGAGCUGCUCCCAUUAUUCAUCUGGGGGCCACUUCCUGUUACGUAGGAGACAAUACGGACCUUAUCGUUCUGCGUGAUGGUUUUGACUUGCUACUUCCAAAGCUUGCACGGGUCAUCAGCCGCUUGGCAGACUUUGCAGAAAGAUAUGCUGACCUUCCAACAUUAGGAUUCACCCAUUACCAGCCAGCCCAGCUGACCACUGUGGGGAAACGUAGUUGCCUAUGGCUACAAGACCUAUGCAUGGACGUGCGCAGUCUGGAGCGAGCCAGGAAUGACCUGAGAUUUCGAGGGGUGAAGGGUACGACUGGAACACAGGCCAGCUUCCUGCAGCUUUUUGAUGGUGACCAUGAUAAGGUGGAAGAAUUAGACAGACUGGUGACCAGUAUGGCAGGAUUUAAAAGGGCAUACAUAGUGACUGGACAAACCUAUAGUCGCAAAGUGGAUGUCGAAGUCUUGUCUGUACUGGCCAGUUUAGGAGCCACAGUGCACAAGAUUUGUACUGAUAUUCGUUUGCUGGCCAAUUUGAAAGAGGUCGAGGAGCCAUUUGAAAAGGAACAAAUUGGAUCUAGUGCAAUGCCCUACAAGAGAAAUCCCAUGCGUUCUGAACGUUGCUGCAGCCUGGCUCGCCACCUCAUGACGCUUAUUAUGAACCCACUACAGACAGCUUCUGUGCAGUGGUUUGAACGCACCCUGGAUGACAGUGCCAACAGGCGAGUUUCUUUGGCUGAAGCCUUUCUGACAGCAGACAUUGUUCUCAGCACUUUGCAGAAUAUCUCUGAGGGGCUUGUGGUUUAUCCAAAGGUGAUUGAAAGGCGAAUCCGCCAGGAGCUUCCCUUCAUGGCCACCGAGAACGUGAUUAUGGCAAUGGUGAAGAAUGGAGGGAACAGGCAGGACUGCCAUGAACGGAUCCGAGUGCUAUCUCAGCAGGCUGCUUCUGUAGUAAAGCAGGAGGGCGGAGACAAUGACCUGAUCCACAGAAUCCGAUCUGAUCCCUACUUUGCUCCCAUACACUCUCAACUGGAUCAGCUACUUGACCCUAAAUCUUUUAUUGGCCGUGCCCCUCAGCAGGUGGUGAGGUUUCUGAAGGAGGAGGUGAUUCCGCUACUGACUCCCUAUCAGAGUAAAAUGGAUGUGAAGAUUGAGUUGGACCUUUGAAGUGUGUCAAUAACAAAUAUUUAUUUUGGAAAUAAAAUAGAUUGAUUUCAGUGA